CAUCAGCACACAACAGGCCGGAAAGCGUGCAGUUGGCUCCUCGAGUGAUACGUCCCGUCCGUACAUACGAUCUUCGGCGAACUCUUGACAGCUAGCAGGCAACUCGUCAUCGUUUCAAGCAAAAGUGGCUGAAGUGGGGAGGAAAGGGGAGAGAUUCAACUCUGGUCUCCCCUGCACUUCCUGAGAAGAGUCAGCCAUGGAUGACAGCUCCUCUCUGCGGAAAGUCAGCAGUUCCACAGAGUCAGUGGCCACCGUCACCAGCGAGGAGUUUGUUCUGGUACAGCCUGGUGCCACUGGCUCACCUCAAGGCUCGGAAGGAAAACCCAAGCUCAAGAUGUCUUGGAACGGUAGUGAGCAGCUGGAGAAAGCAAUGGAGGAGGUGCUGGAUGACGACGACGACGACGACGACGAGAAAGUGGAGAAAAGUAGCGUGGAAGAGAUGGAGAAGCACAGCAACCCAGAAGCCCUGGAGAUACAACCGCCAGAGAUAACAUGGCCGUGCCCAGCGCCGGCUAGCCCCGCCAUUCAAGAGGAAGACAGCGUGCAGUUCAAUAAGCUGUCUUACUUGGGCAGCACUUGCGUCAAGGCUCCUCGCGAUGAAGCCGAAGCGCAGAGAGCCAUGGCUACCUUGCGGGCCGACAGUGCCAUCCCUAUCCCCGUCACUCUGCAUGUACCCUGCGGACCAGAAGGUUCGGUGAGGGUUGUGGACCAGGCAUCGGGCACAGAGAUUUUCUCCUUUCCCAUCUACAAGGUGUUGUUCUGUGCCCGCGGGCGCGACGGUUCGGUGGAAAGUGACAGUUUUUGCUUCACCGAGAGUUAUCGGAGCUCCGAGGUCUUCCAAAUUCACGUCUUCGCCUGCCACAUCCAGGAGGCCGUCAGUCGAAUCCUGUACAGUUUCUCGACAGCCUUUCGCCGCUCUUCGCGGCCGACUGAUAUCAGAGAGACGCCGCUGUUGAGUCCUCUCGACAGUAACCUCUUUAUUUUCACCGUCACCCUGGAGAUUAAGGAAGAUGACGGCAAGGGAAAUUUCAGUCCGGUUCCCAAGGACCGAGACAAAUUGUACUUCAAACUGCGACAGAAUGUUCCGAAGAAAGUUGUGAUUACAGUGCAGCAAAUUAGCAACAAGGAGCUGGUGAUUGAGAGGUGUUUUGGAAUGCUACUAAGUCCAGGCCAGAAGGUUUGCAAUAGCGACAUGCAUCUGCUAGACAUGGAGUCGAUGGGAAAGACUUCUGAUGGAAAGGCCUAUGUGAUCACAGGAACAUGGAACCCCAAUAUUGCAGCCUUCCAGGCCCUCAAUGAAGACACGCCAAAAGAUAAGCAAGCUUACAUGACGGUAGCAGUGGACUUGGUGGUCACAGAGGUGGUGGAACCAGUUCGCUUCCUGAUGGAAACUUUGGUCAGGGUUUAUCCCUCCAACGAACGUUUCUGGUACUUCAGCCGAAAGACCUUCAGCGAGACCUUUUACCUCAAACUUGGACAGCAUGCAUCGGAGAGGACAGGUCAAAGUGACGCUAUGUACGAGGUGGUGAGCCUUCAGAGGGAGGCGGAGAGAAAUAAUCCAGGCAAAGGACAACCGGCCUCACCCGCUGAAGAGGACGAGGCGGCGGAUGACGACAGUGACAGUGAAAUCUCCAGCGGGACGGGAGAUGUUUCGAAAGAUUGUCCUGAGAAAAUUCUGGAGUUGUGGGGAGCAAUUCUCACUCGAUGGCAUGGGAACCUGUCCACUCGUCCAAAGGGUUUGCACCCAUUGGUCCGGAGUGGCAUUCCAGAGCCACUGAGAGCUGAAGUAUGGCAGCUGCUGGCCGGUUGCCACGACAACCAUGACCUGCUUGAACACUAUCGCAUCCUCAUCACCAAGGAUUCAGCUCAGGAGGCAGUGAUCACUCGGGAUAUUCACCGUACCUUCCCUGCACAUGACUACUUCAAGGACUCUGAUGGAGAUGGACAGGAUUCACUCUUCAAGAUCUGCAAGGCCUACGCGGUCUACGAUGAGGAAAUCGGUUACUGCCAAGGACAGUCGUUUCUUGCGGCUGUUCUGCUUCUGCAUAUGCCUGAGGAACAGGCUUUUUGUGUGCUGGUGAAAAUCAUGUUUGAGUAUGGCCUCAGAGCUCUCUACAAAAACAACUUUGAAGAUCUUCAUUGCAAGUUCUUUCAGCUGGAGAAGCUCAUGCAGGAACAGCUACCCGAUCUCUGGUCCCAUUUCCAAGUACUCAACCUGGAGGCGCACAUGUAUGCCUCUCAGUGGUUCCUCACCCUCUUCACUGCCAAGUUCCCCUUAUGCAUGGUGUUCCACAUCACCGAUCUCCUGCUUUGCGAGGGUUUGAACAUCAUCUUCAAUGUUGCCUUGGCUCUGCUCAAGACAUCCAAGGAGGAUCUCUUGCAGGCCGACUUUGAAGGGGCUCUGAAGUUCUUCAGAGUGCAGCUGCCCAAACGCUACAGAGCUGCAGAGAACGCCAGGAGGCUGAUGGAACAAGCUUGCAACAUCAAGGUUCCAACCAAGAAGCUUAAGAAAUUUGAGAAAGAAUAUCAGCUGCAGAGAGAGAGCCAGCUACAGCAAGAAGACCCCAUUGACAGAUACCAGAGGGAGAACCGCCGCCUUCAGGAAGCCAGUAUGCGUCUAGAACAGGAGAAUGACGACUUGGCCCAUGAGCUGGUCACCAGCAAGAUUGCCUUAAGGAAUGACCUGGACCAGGCAGAAGACAAGGCCGAUGUUUUGAACAAAGAGUUGCUCAGCACAAAGCAGCGUCUGGUGGAGACGGACGAGGAGAAGAGACAACAAGAGGAGGAGACUGCUCAGCUGAAGGAAGUCUUCAGGAGGGAGCUGGAGAAAGCCGAGCUGGAGAUCAGGAAAACCACAGCCAUCAUCGCCGAGUACAAACAGAUUUGUUCCCAGCUUAGCACCAGGCUGGAAAAGCAGCAGGCAGCAGCAAAAGAAGAGCUGGACAUUGUCCGGAGUAAAGUCACGGGUUGCGAGCACUGUCGAGAGCUUUUCACCACCCUGGGUUCCCUGCAAGUGUCGUCCCCCGCCCGUGACGACGCAAGCUCGGAACCGCUGGACGAGGAGAAGGACGGACUGAAGGAGCAGCUCAGGGAGAUGGAACUGGAGCUGGCACAGACCAAACUCCAGCUGGUGGAGGCCAAGUGUCGCAUUCAGGAGCUGGAACACCAGCGAGGGGUGCUGAUGAACGAGAUCCAGGCGGCCAAGAACUCUUGGUUCAGCAAAACCUUGAGCUCCCUCAAGAGCUCGGCGGCCUCGUCUUCGUCCACGUCCCAGAGCCCGUGUUCUCCAAAGGAAGGCCCCCCCGCCUAGGGACGCUCUCCUCAUGGCCUCGGCGGAGACAUCAAGUGUUCCUUUCCUGGCUCUUUGGACUGCCACAAGAGAGGAAAGUGAAACAAAUGGGAGACUGCAGCUGGCCUGAGUGAAUCCAUACUAGAUGCUUUGGUCUUUUCUAGCCCUCACUAAAACGCCGGAUGGUGAGGUAAUACUGCUUUUACACAAUUUGAGCGUCAAACAAAUAUUGUUGUCUAUGUUGACACCAUAACGCAGAACAACACAACCUUUUUGAGAUUCUUCUCGAUAGAAUUCUAACUUAAUGUUAAAGAUUUUUUUUUCUUUUUCUAAAUAACAUUGUACAGUUCUUAAAGAGGUAAGAAACGUUUUUAUUUUCCUUCUUUUUUUUCUUCUAACGUUGGAAAUUUCAUUGUGAUCUCUGCAAGCACAGCGUGUCAUCGUUCCGGUCGAGUCCGUUCUUUAGUCGCUUUGACUUUUGCAUCCCCCACUCAGGGGUGUUCUUGGACUAGGUCAUGCCGUUCUACUUUGGAUCGGCUCUUCACAUAUCCGCUUGGUGCCUGCAAGCAUUUUAUUUCUCUUCCAAAUGAAAGCCAUCAUGAUCUUAAAACAUCCGACCUGUUUGCUCGCUGGUUUAGUAUUGACUUGAAAAUAAUUCCCUUUUAAUUUCUUCCUCUAAUGUCCCAUUUUUAUCGCCAACAUUUUCAAUUUGCACGACUGCACCUCAUUUGAUUUGGAUUCAAAUGGACUCCAUUUUAUUUCCUCAACUCCAUUUUUAAGUCGAUUUAAAAAAUGUCUGUGGACGCAGAUCGUUUUAUUUUCUGCAAUCGCUCGAUGAAAUAAAAUCGAAUUCAUUCCACAACUUUUUCGCGUGUAUAAAAAAAAAAAAAUACCUCCGACUGUUGUGGGAAUGGAGCGCCCACAGUGGGAAAAAAUUGUGCUCCUCUGCUACAGCCAAAAAGAAAAAAAACAGGAAAGAAUUAUUAUUUCGAAAGAGAGAUUGAACAAAUGAUAGCACAUCUGCCUCUGUGUGGGUUUUCUUGGGUGUUCCCAUUUCUUCCCACGUUCCAAAAACAAGCAUGUUUGCUAAAUGGUCCAUAGAUGCGAAUGGAUAUUUGUCUGUGUGAUUUAUUGAUUGAUUGAUUGACUGAUUGACUGAUGACCAGUUGACUAACCCGCCCCGAUGCUCAAAACAAAGUAGAAAGUAGAAAACAUCCUCUUAGUAUAAAUCAGCAAUUGGAAUUUCAAACAAAAAAAAGCUUUAGCAGUUUUCCGACUCCAUUUUUGGUGCCAACACGUUGGUUUUAUCUUUUCAACUGGCUGCCAGAAGCUGUGCGUUGUGCCAUAGCAGCCUCCCCUGGUCCAGUUGGGUCCUGUUGGAAACCAGUUGGACUCUCCCUCAGUGCACAUAAAGUAGCUGGUGGCCAGCAGUUGGCCUAACUGGACCAAACGCACCAAAGGGAGGUUUCCGUUCACAUUCCUUCCGCAGGGUUGUGGACCAUCCCAACAACAAGCGGUCUCAUGUCAACCUUGGUCCAGAACCUCAUUUUCAUGCGUGACUUCCGAGUUGUAUGAAGCACAGAACAUAUAAGUGAGGGUUAUUGUUACAGCUGGCAGUUUGUAAUUCACUGUAAUUCACUUUGAGAGACUGUUGCUGUCUUUGCUGUUAAGUCACUGUCUGAUGUGCAUUAAUAAAUGUCAAUGCUUCUAUUCA